CAGGAAGCAGUUCCCAGGACUCUGCUGCCACAGCUGACAGCCACAGAUACUAUGAAUCAGACGACGGAAAAGAUCAUGAGAUAGAUUUCCCCCGUCAUUGGCUAAUUCAUCCGCAGCCCGCUUUUGUUUUGGGAGCUUGAGCCGGCACUAAGUCCCACACUUGUUUAGGUGGCAGACGGAGGGGAGUGCUUCCUGAUAAUAAAGAGGUGCGUCUUAUUUCCAUUCCAGUGAUUGACUGCGCACGGCUUUCACCGCCGGAGCUGGGGGCAUUGACGCAUUGUGGAGUCGACAGGGGGUAGCACUGCAACCCCGGCUUCGCUACACAACGGAGGCAUCUAUCGGCGAAACCGCGAUGGCCGUGGUGCAGCUCGACACGGAGGACCAUCAACCGGAGAACGGCUUCGUGUCCCCCGAAACCACGUCGCCGGGGCUGCUGACACGCAUCGACGGUUGUGUUCUGCCAUUUCUCGGGGGAUUUGGGAAGUACCAGAAACAGCUGAUCGUGCUGACAUGGAUUCCUGCGUUAUUUAUUGGAUUCAGCCAGUUCUCUGAUAAUUUCCUCCUCGCCCAGCCUAACAACACAUGUAUCCAGCCUUUGGCAAAUCUGACUAAUCAGACUACAAGUCAUUCGUCGUUGUUAGACAGUCCAAAAAACACCAGCGCGCUGCCAGCUUAUAGUUAUAUCAAUGGAAGUCACGGCACCCACAAUGACACGACCAGCAUGCAGUGUAGGUGCAGUGAGUGGACAUUCGAGCUGCACACGGGACUUGUGCAGAACGUGGUUACCAAGUGGAGUCUGGUGUGUGACUCAGCAUGGAAAGUCCAUAUUGCAAAGUUCUCUCUGUUGGUGGGAUCCAUCUUUGGAUACCUGGUGUUUGGAAUUCUUGCUGACUGGUUUGGCCGCCACCCAGUGCUGAUCAUAUCAGUGCUGUUCAUGCUGGUGUUUGGUCUGACUGUGGCCUUCUCCGUCAACGUCCCCAUGUUCAGCACCCUGCGCUUCUUUGAGGGCUUCUGCCUGGCAGGGAUCACCCUUUCUCUCUACGUCCUCAGGAUUGAGCUGUGCCUUCCAGGAUGGCGUUUUUCCAUGACCAUGGUGGCCAGUUUUGUGGUGUUGGGUGGUCAGCUGCUGAUGCCCGGGGUGGCCUACCUCUGUCGUGACUGGCAGGUACUUCAGGCUGUUAUCAUCUGCCCCCUGCUGCUGAUGCUGUCCUACAUCUGGAUCUUCCCUGAGUCACUGCGUUGGUUGCUGGCCACUCAGCAGUACAGCCGCUCCAAGUGGAUCAUGGGACACAUAGCACAGAAAAACCAAGUGAACAUGGAGCUUGACACAGAUAACAUCCUCACAGAACUGCAGAGAGCUCUUCAAAAGAAACCCAAAAAAACGUGCAUUGUGAAAAUGGUCGGGACAAGAAACCUGUGGAAGAACAUCGUUGUGCUCUGUGUCAACUCGCUAACAGGCUACGGGAUCCACCACUGCUUUGCUCGCAGCAUGAUGGACCCAGAAGCACAAGAAACCACCAUGUUCCAUAACUUCUAUGCAGACUAUUACACCAUGGCGGGCAUUGCGGUGGCGUCCUGCAUGGCGCUAUGCCCGGCAGUGGGUCUGAUGGGCCGGCGGGGAGGCCUUCUCAUGUUCAUGAUCAUCACUGCCCUAGCGUCCCUGCUGCAGCUGGGCCUGCUCAACUUGCUGGGGAAGUACAGUGUCCACCUGAAUAUAGAUAGCUCAGGUACGCUGAAUAAGAACUUCUCCAUUGCAUUCUCCAUCAUCGGCAUGUUCUCCUCCCACGCAGUCAGCAACCUUAGCAUCUUCUUCUGUGCUGAGAUCACACCCACUGUGAUCAGGGGUGGUGGUCUGGGCCUGGUCCUAGCCAGCGCUGGCUUCGGCAUGCUGACUGCACCCAUAAUGGAGCUCCACAAUCAGAAGGGCUAUUUCCUUCAUCACAUUAUCUUUGCCUGCUGCACUCUCAUCUGCAUCAUCUGCAUUCUCCUGCUGCCAGAGACCCGUUACCAGCCCCUCCCUGAGACCCUGGCUGACGGCGAGAGCUACACUCGUCAACCUCUCCUUCCCCCGAGGAAACCUGGAGAACAGCGCCUCUUGCUGGCGCAGUCUGAGAGCAGCAGGGACUACACCAGGGUGCACGACACGCCACUCCACGAGGCAGCUGCCACGGCAGUGUCCACCAUGGACUCCACCGCCUCAUCUGCUGUUGAUUUGACCGCUCCAUCAGUUGGAGAUAUGUCUGCCCCAGCAUUCAUGGAGGUCCACUCUGGCAAGCCUGAGCCUAAAGACCCUAAUGGUCAGUCGGUUUCAUCUUUAACAACUGCCCCCAUCACAACACUGGGUAAAGACAGUAUCAUACAUGCCAGUAAAGACCACCUGCUGUCUUCCACUCCUUUACACAAAGCCCCAUGCAUCACAGACCCACUUUUAGCCAAUGCUGAAGAACCUCCAGCGACAGUCCAGGAUUCUGUUGAUCCUUUGACGGACACUGCCCUUCCUGAAAUGAAUGACACUGGUCCUUCUCCUACGAAAGUGUCAGCUGCUACCCCUGCCCCUUCACUGGACUCUUCCACUGCCCCUGUCCCUCAAACUGUCCCUGCCUCCUUAUUGAUCUGCACCACACCCAUCAUUGAGCCCCCGCCUAGCUCCACAUUAGAGUCCCCAAACCCCCUAAGUAAUGACAUUGACAAUAUUGCCCUGAAAUUUGACCCAGCUUUACCAGAGGACACUAAUGCCACUUUAGUUCCUACUACUACUCCCUACGACUCCCCUACUCCAUCUAUGCAUGACGGUCUCCCUCCAUCCCCAGCUCCCUCUCCUGUCCCUAUGAUGGACUGCAACAUUUCCACUGACCCUUCACCCUCCAUUAUCACAAUCUCUGACAUUCCCAUCAAGUUAAAAAUAGUAGAUGAAUCUUUAUCUCCUCCUUCAACUAGAGACUCCCCCGCACUUCCUGUUUUAGACUCCCAACCGCAACAAUUAGACUCUUCUUCUCCCUGCGUUAAUGAUAUAUCUCCUCGUUCCCCUACUCCCCCUAGCCUAGUCACUGUUUUCCCAUCACCCACUCCGCCUCCACCCAUUGACUCAGGCCAUUCGCCUUCAGAGGACUCUGCCACUCCCACUGUCAUAGAUACUGUCAGCACCACUGACUCUCCUACCAUUCUCCCCGUCACAGACAUUGUGCACACCUCCGGUCCAGAAUCAACCACUGUCACAGACACUGUAACAGAUUCAGCUGCUUCCCUCACCUUAGGUUCAGUACCAACUUCCAUCACGGAUUCAGGCUCUACAGAAGCAACCCCCUCCUCUCUAAUGGACUGCACUGUCUCCUCCCCCAUAGACUCUGGUGUCCUCCCCAUCAGGGACAGUGGCAGCACAGAAAACAACACGGUCAACACUGUGCCAUCAUCGUGAUCCAGUGUUGCAGCCAGGAAAAGAAGCUUUACGGUUGCACCAGGAGGCAGCCCACGUCACAUAAAUACCCAAAGGGUGGGGGGUCCUACUCAGACUUCAGACACUUAAUGAAGACUGUCCCCACCUGGAGUUGAGUAGGGCAUAUCUUGCAGGAUUAUUGUACGUUUCUCAUUGCCCCCCUCCCUCCACCUCUUCCUGCAUUUAGUCAAUAAAGGAGACCAUGCAAGGGGGAGAGUGCCAGAGGCUGGUUUGUGACUAUGUGACAGUAUCUUCUGCUCUUUUUGAAUGUCACUGGAAAUCACCAGCCGAUAAACUACUUUGAUGUAAAUGAAUGGGAAAUCACUGUCUGUCAUUUUAGAGACUUACGACUAUACCCACAAUCACUAAGAUGUGUCAUCAGGACUGGUGAGAGAUGCAAUGAUGCUAAAAAACAAACCAACAAACAAAUGAAAAAAAAAAAAUCUAAUCACUGGUACUUUUGCUCAAAUAAAAUGUCCGUCUAACAUAUUUAUAAAAAAAAAAACAAAAAAAAAAUAUCGCCUUACUUGUGUGGACAAGAAAAUCUGAAUGUUACAAAGUACUUUCUGCUGUUAUGAAGGUAAACAAUCCAAAUUCGAGUGAUUUUUCUAAAUACAAUGCCAAAAACUACUCUGACCAAAAUUAAGUGUAGACAUAGUGCCAAAACAUUAGUAUUGACAAGUAUUUUGAGAAAUAUUGUUAGUGUGGUCCCCUGCCGUAGAUUGAAAGUGGAUUAAAGUGAAUCAGAUAAACCCUAUUUCAAACUUAAGAAAUUAAAAAGAAGAUUUUAUUAUUUCUCAAAUUAAUAAAAGACUGGAAGCUGUAUCAUGAUUUGAAGAAUUAGAUUUGAGAGAUAAGACUGAGCUAAACUACUGUCGUCAAUACAUGGUUCAUUGUAUGAACAGUGAUAUUAGCAAAAAGAAUGACCCGUAUUUUGUAGGUCGGAAGAAACUUUUAUUUUUCCAAUCGUUUCUUUCAAUGAAAUUUAUGGUAUGCAAAUGCUUUUAUUUGUAAAUGUGAAAUUGUAAGUACAGAUGCGUAAUUAGUUGUUGAGCUUGAUUCUUUUUUUUUUUUUUAACUCAGAGUAUUAUUUUGAACAAUCUCCCAUGGCGUGCCCUUAUUGUACAAAGCUAUACUUCAUUCUAACAGUAUUUGUGUCAUCUCAGUGUGGUGGCACCUUAUUAUUUGCAGUGGGGACAAAGCAUGAAAAUAAUUGUGAACAUGUCAGCAAAACAAACUAGCAAACCUUACAAAAAAAAAAAAAAAAAAUGACAAAAGCUAUUUUUGAAAUGAAACCCAUGGAUGACAAAAUAUUUGAUGUGAUUGCCAAUUGUCACAACAUCGCUAACCUUCAGUGUGUUUUCCAAAUCAUGUUCUGGCAUUAACAUAGUUAAUGUAUGUCAGUGUGUUGAUACAUUCACAAGCACAACUAAGUAAAAAAAAAAUGCAAUACAUUUGUCCAAAUGACCUUUUAGAAUACAGGUCAAAUCCUAUUCAUAAUCUUUAAUUGACAGACUCUUGCUUAAGGAGGCACUUUUUCUUCCAAAGUCCAUGUCCAUCUGUGGACAGCAUUAUACUUGACUUAACUAUGUGUGUAACUUGACAGUUGUAGUUACAUACUUUAUAGAUUGAAGGUUGUAAUAUUUGUUUAAGGAAGAUGUGUGAUUACAGAUAGACCACUGUUUACAACAAUCCUCAUAAUAAUAAUAAUAAUAAGUAAUAAUAAUUACACUGUACUGUAAAACUUUAGAGCCAACUGAAUGAUGUCUUGUCAUUUCAAAUGUGAUAAAACUCUCUCAUAGUAUAUCAUAUUACAUUUAUCCAGGGAGUAUUGUUCUAUUGAGGUGUUAUUCAGGAGUCAAAGACAACACUUAACAGACAUAACAGGAGAUCUUCUGUUAUUCUCACCAUCUUGUGGUACACUUAUGAAGAAAAUUACAGGUACUUUACUCACCAAAAUUUGCUUUUCUUUUUAUCCAAGUCAGAUGUGCACUGACAAAGGCUACAUAUCUUUCGGUAUCUGAAUGACUGGUACUUGGGUGUUUUUCUCAAAUGAAGCUUGAAUCAAGAAUGAAAGCUCUAUUUUUGAUUGAUGCAGGUGAUGAUGAUUUCUUUAGAUAGAUCAUCAAGCCAACAAACUUCCAUUUACUGACAGAUUCAUGAGAACAUUUAAUGUCUAACAUAUGUACGCCAUGCUGCUAUGCCUCAAAGCACAAUGCCCUGCAAUCAUGUGAUGUCAGGUUUGGUGGAGCUUGGAAUCUUGACAGUUUAAAAAAAAAAAAAAAAGGGAAAAUGGAGUUGGAUUUUGAAUACGAUACAGAAAUUACUAGUUACACAUUAACUUUUGCAGUAGACCCACAUGUAAUUGACUUUGUGGAACAGGGUGUUGAACCUGGAUUUAACAAGGAAUUCUUGGCGUCUGCAGUAGAGAGUGGGUUGUCUGCAGUGGUCAGUAGCUUCACAUUACUCAGAGUUCUCGUUGUCUGUGAGUGUUGGUCUCUCUGUCUCAGUGUGCGUAUUGCAGAUAUUGAACUGUGUAUGGCCGGAACCCCAUGCAACACCAGUGUAAAGACAAUGACACAGCACAAUACAACCAGAGUCUCCUCUGUUGCUUCCACUUUCCCAACUCCCAUGCAGCUAUUCAACAGUGCUGGUGGGAACUGUUUCAUCAGUCUUAGUAAGCAUUUCAUUUGACUUUAUUUGAAGUAAAACUAAUGUAAAAAUCAGUGAAAGCAAUCCAAAGCUAUGUCAGCACCAGCGAUAGGGUGGACAGGCAGACACUCACUGGUGGACAAGCAAAAAAAAAGAAAAAUUGGAUUAUGUCUUUGUAAAUAGUAAAGGCGUGGAAACACCCAGCUUGGAUAGCAUGAAAGGUCCUGGAUCAUAAUAUGGAUGGACUGCUGAACAGUUUUGAACUUGGUAAAUAAAAGUCUCUGAGACAUAAUGUUCCCAGUGCACACAUUUCAGGUUUCGCUUCUCUCAACCGUGACGACUCAGAAUCUCUUGAUGGGAGAUUUGAAUGAAUGUAAAAACCAUGGAUUGUACCAUUUAUAAUUUCCAGUUGUUUGGUUUCAUUUUGUUUUUUUGUUUUAACAGACAUGAUGCACUUGUAUAUAAGCCAUACCUGUUGUUAAAAUAAACCACUAUUUAUUGAUCAAC